AUGGGAGCACACUCUUAUGCUCCAAAGAAAUUGGACCUGGAUCUGGAAAACAGGCCAAAUCCUCCAGAAAAACCAUCCAUUGAGGAGCCACUUGUGCUGGAACUGAAACAGUUUCCCAGUCAUCUGAGGAAGCUGAACAAGUGGACCCUGAAGGAUAACUUCCCGAUGCCUUUCAUGGACCAGAUGCUUGACAGGGAAAAGACAACCUUAACAUGUCCUUAUGGCACAUUUGCGUUUAAACGCAUGUCAUUUGGACUAUGUAAUGCACCAGCAACGUUCCAAAGGUGUAUGAUGUCUAUCUAUUCAGACAUGGUAAAAGACACUAUAGAGGUAUUUAUGGAUGACUUUUCAGUGUUAGGUGAUACAUUUGAUAAUUGUUCGCUGAAUCUUAGAAGGGCCCUACAAAGGUGUGAGGAAGCCAACCUAGUGCUGAACUGGGAGAAGUGCCAUUUUAUGGUUAAAGAAGGCAUAGUCCUUGGGCCCAAGGUGUCAAAAAAGAGGAUAGAGGUCGACAAGGCCAAAAUUGAGCUUUUGGAGAAGGAGGUGAAAUUUAUUUUUGAUGAGGCAUACCUUAGAGCCUUUGAAUGCCUGAAUGAGAAGUUGAUUUCUACCCCCGUGAUCAUUGGCCCAGAUUGGGCAGAGCCAUUUGAGGUGAUGUGUGAUCCAAGCGUUACUAAACAGGAACUGUUGGCUGUGGUGUAUACGUUUGAGAAGUUCAGAGCUUAUUUGAUGGGCACCAGAGAGUUUGAUUUUGAGGUAAAGGAUAGGAAAGGUUGUGAGAACCAAGUGGUUGAUCACUUGUCGAGGUUGGAGGCUGAAAAGAAAGAGGAACUCGAGCUACACAUAAAUGAUUGGUUCCCAGAUGAGCAGGUGGAGCUGCUUGAUAUGUGGGCAAUCGACUUCAUGGGCCCAUUUGUGAGCUCCUAUUGGCAGAAAUAUAUACUAGUUGCAGUAGACUAUGUGUCCAAAUGGGUUGAGGCAGUUGGUUAUCCUGAGAAUAAUGGUAAGAGUGUUGCUGGUUUUCUGAAGAAGAAUGUCUUCUCAAGGACAGAUUGGGCACAAAAGUUAGAUGAUGUUUUAUGUGUAUAUCGGACUGCUUUUAAGAUGCCUAUUGGUAUGUCUCGAUAUCAAUUGGUGUUUGGAAAGACAUGUCAUUUUUUGGUUGAGCUUGAGCAUAAAGCACUUUGUGCUCUACAAAAGCUGAAUCUUAGUUGGAGCGAAAUAGCAAACAUGAGACUAGAUCAGAUUAAUGAGAUGGAUGAGCUCCGUUUGAGAGCUUAUGAGAGACUUUGCCUGUUUCCGAGAAAAUUGAGAUCCAAAUGGUCAGGACCUUUUACGGUCACUCAGGUGUUCCAGUCGGGUGCGAUUGAGCUUGAAAAUGACAAGGGCAAGAGGUUCAAAGCCAAUGGCCAGCGAAUCAAGGCAUACUUGGGUGUUCCGGAGGAUGUGAAGAUUAUGCAGGAAUGUAAAGUUGAUGAAGUCUGA